AUGAACGUGACGGCCGGCACGAACAGCAGCAGCCCGGGGUACCUGCGAAGUCGCAUCGCCAACGCCUGCGACGGCUGCAAGGCACGCAAGGUCAAGUGCGACGGCCUCCUGCCCUGUGGAUACUGCACCGGACGGCAGCGACCGCAUACCUGCCACUACACUCCGCAGCGGAAGCGGCGGCCGGCGCGCAGACCGUCGGCCCAACCGUCGUCGGCCUCAGCCUCGGUCUCGGCGGCGACCUCGGCGGCGGCCUCGGCCUCGUUCCGCAGAGAUGACGUCGUCGGCGGCCGGGACGGGCUAGGGAGCCGGACGACGGCCCGCGACGGCCUCCGCAACGACGGCGACGACGGCUCCUCGUCCGAGCUGACGCCCGCACCCGCCUCGACGGCGGCCGGGACGCCGGUGCGCACGCUCGCGGCGGCGACGACGACGGACCCUCGACGAUCGGCGGAACCGUCGACGGCCGAGGAUGACACGGACGUUCCGCGCGAGGCCCGGCUGCUGCGCGACGCCCACGGCAAGCUCAUCUUCAUCGGCGACUGCGCGCCCCUCUCCUUCUUCCAGUCCGUCCGCCAGCUCGUCACCAGCCGGGUCGGCCAGAACGCCUUCGCGCCCGAGUCGAGCCGGUACUCGGUUCUCGAGAACGCGGCGGCGGGCUGCUCGAGCCGCGACGCGAGCCUCCGCCACGGCAUGCCGCCCCGCGUCCAGGCCGUCGACGUCCCCGGCGCCGUCGCGGCCUACCUCUCCACGACGACGAGCCUCGUCGACCUCUUCGGUGACGCGAGCCUCGUCGACGAGCUGCUCCUCUGGGCGAGUCUCGACGCCAGCAACCACGGCGGCGGCCACCAUCACCAUCACGGCGGCGGCCACCUCCACCAGCACGGCCAGAACCAAGGCCACGACCACGGCCACGGCCACGACCACUCGCCCCACCAUCUCCCGACGGCCAACCACCAUCAGCACCGGGCCGACGACGUCGUCUCGGCCGUCAACUACCUCGUCCUCGCCAUCGGCUUCCUCUCCACCGACGAGGAGACGUCGCGGGCCUACUUCGACCACGGCCGCGACGGCGCCUACGCCUCCCUCUGCGGCAGCCUCGGCGUCGAGACGGUGCAGGCGUUCGCGCUCAUCACCAUCUACAUGCUCUGCUCCUGCCAGAUCAACGGCGCCUUCCUCUUCUUCGGCAUCUCCGUCCGGGCCGCCUACUCGGUCGGCGUGCACCGGACCGAGGUCAACGCCCGGUUCGGGCCCGAGGUCGGCCGCCAGCGCGACCGGCUGUGGAAGAGCCUCCGGGUCGUCGACCUGUACCUCAGCACGUCGAUGGGCCGGCCGCCGGUGACGUCCGACGUCGACUGCACGGUGCCGUACCGCAGCCUCGACGCCGACGGCAACGAGGUCAUGGACCUGCUGAACGCGUCGGUCCAGAUCCUGCUCAUCACCGAGUCCAUCGUCCUCGAGAUUUACUCGCGCCGAAAGGUGUCCCUGCAGCUGACCGAGGGCAUCUCGCACCAGCUGCGCGACUGGAGCGUGCGCUGGCUCCAGCAGCUCAAGGGGAUCGUCGCCCGGCCCGAGGGGCUGAGCGACGCCCAGGUCAUCGGCGCCUGCCAGGUGCUGUCGUCGUACUACUACUCCGUCAUGCUCGUCUCUCGCCCCUUUCUCAUGCACGAGCUUUUCCGCCGGCUCUCGGACGGCCCCGCGACGGUGGCGCCGGCCGUGACGUCGUCGUCGUCGUCGUCGAUGGCCAAGCCGACGCCGCCGACGUCGGGGAAGUCGAAGCUCGCCGACGCCUGCAUCGACGCCGCGAGCCUCAUGGUCGACGCCAUCCUCGACCUGAUAGACCGAGGCACGCUCAACGGCAGGGUGCCCCUGAUCAUGUACGUUCCUUUGCCGUCCGACGCCCCUCCUUCCCUUCCCUUCCCUUCCCUUCCCUUCCCUUCCCCUUCCCCUUUCCCGCUCGCGUCCCGUCGCUCGGUCGGUUCGCUGACGGCAACGGCACGGUCCAGCUCCUGGCUCUUCGCCUCGUCCCUCGUCCUCGGCGUCGGCCUCCUCGGCGGCUUCGGCCGCACGCUGGAGAAGCACUCGCGCAUGUCGAUCCGGGCGCUCGACCACUUCGCCAAGACCGACGGGCACGCGGCGCAGUACUCGCUCAUCGCGCAGUCGCUGCUGACGACGGCGCUCGAGCACCUCGACCGGCGCGAGCUCCAGGAGCGGCUGCGGCGGACGGAAAGCUCGAGCCAGCUCUUCGGCCUCAUGCCACCGUCCCUGUCGGGGCCGGGCUUCGGCGGUCAUCAGCCGCCGCCGGUGCUGUCCCCCUCGUCGACGGUGCCGCCGCAGGAGAAGGGAGGCUUCGCGACCGGGAGCGUCUUCGAGGCGGCGGCGGCGGCGGCGGCGGCGUCGUCGUCCCUCGGCCUGCAACCGCAGCCGCCACCGCAGCAGGGCGCCGAAACGGCGUCACCGAGCCUCGCGGGGUCGACCUUUCUGGGGCUGACGACGGAGAGCCUGAUGCAGACGCCCGACGGGGACUACUGGCACGUAAACGGCGACGGGGGGGACGUCGGCUCCGCCUUGAACCUCUUUCCCCUGCUCGAGGCGGGCGGGGGGAUCGACCUGGCGCACUACCUGUAA